UUAUGGGUUCAUUUAAGGUGAAAGAAAAACUUGAUUUUCCCCUCAGCUCUUAUGUAGCACCCCGUAUGUGCAGAAGGGCUGCUUUGGAGAUACCACAGACAUUGAAGAUGUCUGGGACACACUCCCAAAUCAAAGAUGGUCAGCUCAGAGGCAGAAAAACUCCUUUCCCCCAACCCCAGGGGGGGAAAUACCUUCCCCAUGGGAGAAGAAAAGCCCUUUCUGGGGCUUGGUGAGGGCAGGGUGGGGGUUGAGCGCUGACAGGAAUCUUCCUAGCCCUUCCUUGUUUUCUAAUAACGUCCAAGGUGGAGUCACCUGUUUUGCCUCUACCUUUUUCACCUCUUCCUUGUCUUCUUACCUGUUCAUCCCGCUCACUUCAACUUCCUCAACUCUUGACUUACCUGCCCUGCCCUAUUUUAUCAUAGUUGCACUUGUCCCGACCUCAGCUGUACCUUCUCUUGCCCUGCUUUCAACAGCUAACCUAGGGAAUUUCCUGGCGGUCCAGUAGUUAGGACUAGGUGCUAGUCCUAACUGCGGUGGCCCGGGUUCAAUCCCUGGUCGAGGAACUAAGAUCAUGCAAGCCAGGCAGCGUGGCAAAAAACAACAAAAAACAACUAACCUGUAAACCUCUCACCUGCUGGCUUACCUACCCCCUUCUCACUUUUCCAUUCUUAAUGGUGACUCACUUGUCCUCCCUUCUCAGUCUGAACUCUCCUGUGCCAUUUCACUAGUAUAUCCUUAACUGCCCUGCCUUUAUCUGCUCGCUUACCCGCCUGACCCUCACCUGCCCUGUUCCCUCAAAGUCGCACUUCCCUCCCAGAUGCCCGCUGUCUCUCCAGGGGGCGGGGGUUGGCCUCGCCGGCAGAAGGGAAAAGAACUUCAGUCCAACCCGGAAGGACCCAGGAGUUUUGAUGCAGAAAGGGCGGUGCCAUCAGAAGGUGGCAAUAAAGAGCCGAGACAGGAGACGGACACCGGAACCAAAGAGACGAGGAGACAGAGUGGGCGGGCGAUAUGGAAAGCGGGGUCAAAGAAGAUGAGGGCGGGUUUAGUAACGGGAGUGGGCUAAAGAGGCUCUGUAAAGACAGUGGGAGACUGAGCCGGCUGCGUGCCCUGUCUCCGGAUCUCAACGGAAUUUGGAAAUCCUGAGGCCGCUCUUAAACUAGCGUUCAGGAGCGAACGAGGAGAGCCACCGCUCUGGGAAGCUUCUCGCUCGCCCCAUCCCCACCCCGGGGUCCCGGAAGCGGAAGUAACGGACACGGAAGUGGCUUACUGUUGCCGGGGGGACGGGCCAGGCAGAUGCCAACAUGGCAGCGGUGGGGUCUGGCGGUUCCCCCGCGGCGGCCGGGCCAGGGGCGGUCUCUGCAGGGACGUUGGAGCCUGGGACCACGACUGCGGGUAACGUGAAGCACCUGGUUCUUUUCCUCCAUGAGGCUGUCCUGGUGCAGUAUGUGGACACACUCAAGCUCGCAGUGCCCUCUCUCAUCUACACCUUGCAGAAUAACCUCCAGUAUGUUGCCAUCUCCAACCUGCCAGCUGCCACUUUCCAGGUCACGUACCAGCUGAAGAUCCUGACCACAGCACUGUUCUCCGUGCUUAUGCUGAACCGCAGCCUUUCCCGGCUGCAGUGGGCCUCCCUGCUGCUCCUCUUCACCGGAGUCGCCAUUGUCCAGGCACAGCAAGCCGGCGGUGGGAGCCCGCGGCCUCUGGAUCAGAACCCUGGGGCGGGCCUAGCAGCUGUCGUGGCGUCCUGUCUGUCCUCGGGAUUUGCAGGUGUCUACUUUGAGAAGAUCCUCAAAGGCAGCUCAGGCUCCGUGUGGCUGCGCAACCUGCAGCUGGGCCUCUUCGGCACAGCCCUGGGCCUGGUGGGGCUCUGGUGGGCCGAGGGCACCGCUGUAGCCCACCGCGGCUUCUUUUUCGGGUACACGCCUGCUGUCUGGGGCGUGGUGCUCAACCAGGCCUUCGGCGGGCUACUGGUGGCUGUUGUCGUCAAGUAUGCCGACAAUAUCCUCAAGGGCUUUGCCACCUCCUUGUCCAUUGUGCUGUCCACUGUUGCCUCCAUCCGCCUCUUUGGCUUCCACGUGGACCCUUUGUUUGCCCUUGGUGCAGGGCUGGUCAUCGGUGCCGUCUACCUCUACAGCCUGCCCCGAGGUGCAGCCAAAGCCAUAGCUUCCGCGUCUGCCUCCACCUCUGGGCCUUGCACUCACCAGCAGCCUCCGGGGCAGCCACCGCCACCGCAGCUGUCUUCCCACCGUGGAGACGUCAGCACGGAGCCCUUUCUGCCAAAGUCAGUGCUGGUGAAGUGAGGGCUGGCGGUGGCGGUGGGGGGAGACAGGGAGGGACACUGGGUGGAGGGUGUUGGGCAUCUGCAGGACCCAAGUUGCCACCAGGGCCUGGCUCCCAUGGGGUUGGAAGGGUCUUUUCUUCCAGGUUCUCGAGAAUUCUGGAAGCUUGUGGGACUAGGGCAGGGCAUCACGUGAACCCUUCCUUGUAGCCAGGGGUUUUUAGAGCUGCCUCCUCUGUCUCAGUCUAACCUCUUUGGGGACCGGGUUGGGGGUGUUGUUAUUCAAGGCUUUUUUUGUCUGCCCCCCUCAGCCAGAGGCGUCCUGUGUCUCAUGCCUGGGAGAGUCCCUCCCAGCAAUCCCUCCACCUUUGUAGGGACAAAUUGGACAAAAAUCCUACAACUCCUUAGUAAUGACCGAUGCCUAUAUGUGGGGUUCCGAUUCUGAUAGCUUGAGGCCUUCUCUCCUCCCUGACAACCACACUGGAUCAUAUUAGUAGCUCUUUUUGUGGCCUUGGGGCAGCUUCCCUAACACAGGGACUUGAAAAUGGGCCUCUUGUGAGCACCCAGAGAGAGAGGAAGAGGGGCGACAGCUGAGAUUUUUGCAUCAGCCCAUUCAAGGGGAGGGUGCAGCAGGGGCCACUUGUUUGUGAUUUGGGGGUUUGUGAUGUAAUCAGAUGAAUGGUCCAGGGUGUGGGGAAAUGGAGAAGGGAGGUCCUUGAAGUGGCCUCAUCUCAUGGAAUCUAAGACACUGUCAGUUGCUGGGUGCAGGGUUAUUUUCUAAGAUACCCUGAGAGAAAAAAUAAAGCUGCCAGCCACACUCAUGAUACCCCACUGGCUGUACGAGGCACCCUUCAUGGGGAGGGGUGUCUUUAAAUUGCUGAAAUGUGGAACCUGCCCCCUGCACUCCCCAAAGCUUAUUGACCCCUUAACUGUCUCCCAGGGUGUAUAUGGGGUGUGUGUGUGUGUGUGUGUGUGUGUGUGUGUGCGCGCGCGCGUGCGUGUGCGGGCGCGUGCGCGCACAAUGCCUGGGCUAUCUUUGCUAUAUGUACAUAGGGCCGUUGGAUCUUUAUUUUUGAUUAAUUUGUUCUGAUUUUUUGGUUUGUUUUUUUAAGGAACUGUAAUGAACAAAUGUCAGGAUACCCAAUGCCAAAUAAAGAUACUGUAUUUAUUUA